AUGUCCUAUAUUAAAACGAGAAUUGCACUUCCCAAUGAUUUCCGUCGAGUUAUGGAGCUCAUGUGCCAAGCGUACUUCAAAAAGGAGCCAAGCCUCGUCAACAUCGGCCUUGCUAGUGAGGAACAACCACCUCCAAUCCUUCUUAACCUGAUGUACCAACAACUCAGGGAAGGUAUGACAAUCAUAGCCGAAGAUAGAGAAAAUUGUAUCGUAGGUGCGGCGAUAAAUGCUGGCUCGUGUCCCUGGGAGCCUGAAAACCUAAUUGAAUACGCCGAACGGUGCGAGAGAGGAUCCGUACGGGAUAUUCUGAAAUUUUAUGCGUAUGUCACCCAAGCCCCUCAACUAUGGAACAAAUAUUGUGUUCUGAAAAUAUUCGACUGUGCCUCCGUAGCAGUAGAUUCAAAAUAUCUUGGUAUGGGAAUUGCGAAACGUCUCGUUAAGGAGAGUUGGUAUCUGGCUAGAGACUGCGGCUAUCAAGCCUUCCGUAUAGACUGUACGAGCCUAUAUACUGCAAAAAUAGCCGAAGGUUUCGGUUGGGAGUGCGUAUUCGCAGUGUCCUACAGAAGAUAUAUCGAUAGCGGGGGUCUCGUCUUCAAGUGCAUAGAAGAGCCACAUACGGAAGUUCGGGUAUUCGCGGACAGGCCACUCAUCUGCAAAGAUUACUGCAUCUCGAAUCCGGAUAGUUGUAAAAUUGGCACGGUGCCGCGCGGAAAAUAA